GUCAAAUGUAAAAGCCACGACUGUUAUCAAAUAGUUCUUGAUGUACUAAGCUCUGAUGGCUGGAAUAUAUUUGGUACCUCAAUAUAACAUGAGAUGUCUACCUUCAAGCCACCCACAAUCCAAAAACUUACUAUCGGCGUCAAAGCGUCUCUCAUUCGGAGACUACUCUCUUAUACAAUACAUAUAUCCCUACCCUCCUUCGUUUACCUAUCUGCUCAAGUCAACUACAGAAAGUAAACAACACAUUCAAGAACUGUCAACAUUCACAAUAAUUCAAAAUGGGUGUACUUAUUGAACGACCAGCUGAACAACCAGCUGAACGGCCAGUUGAGCGGCCGGCUUCGUCCUCCCAGAUGCACCACCAGCUACUAUACGUAAUGUACAUCAUUUUAUAUGGUACGCUGUCGCUCGCAGGUAUAUGCGCCGUCGCUAUGUUCAUGGGCAGCAACGUUGCGAAAGACAUACGCAGUCUCACAGAUGAGAGGAACAUGCCGCCUCUCUUACCACGAACAACCCCGACCGAACCCGCGGUCCCGAUGCCGACUGGCGCGCCGCUCUUCGACCUCCCGCGCAGCCACGUAGGCGACGUGCCGUACGGCGUCCCGAUCUUCACGUGCGCGAACCCGGGACAGAUCGCGCUAACGUUCAACGAGGGCCCCUCGGAGUGGACGCAGACGAUCCUGGACGCGCUGGACCACUACGACUUCAAGGGCACCUUCUUCAUCGCGGGGUCGGCGCCCACGGACCCGAACAACAACUCGUCGGCGCGGCACACGAACGUAGACGACCCGGGGACCGGGUGGCCCGCCCUGCUGAGCCGCAUCCACGAGAGUGGACACCAGAUCGCGUCGCACACGUACACGCACGCGCGGCUCGACGGGGACGGCGGGGCGGAGGCGCUGGUUAAUGAGAUGGUGUAUAACGAGAUGGCGCUGCGCAACGCGUUUGGGCUGAUCCCGGCGUACAUGCGUCCGCCGUACGGGGUGUGGCGCGAUCCUAAUGUGCGCGAGCAGCUUGAGGGGCUGGGGUACCAUGUUAUUAUGCAUAACCUGGACACGCACGACUACGAGCACGAUGGCCCGGAGGAGAUACUGAAGUCGGUGGAUAUGUUCAACGAUAUUGUGCGAAUCGACGGGAAUGGUUCGUAUAUCGUGCAGAUGCAGGAUUCGAGGCAGUGGACGGCGAUGGUGCUCGUUCCUGCUAUACUGGAGUCGAUGGUGCAGAGGGGGUACCAGGGUGUGACGGUGGGGGAGUGCUUGGAUGAUGCGUUUUUCUAUUGGUACCGCCAGCCUGAGCCAUGA